AGGGCGGAUUCUGGUUAUGUGGGUGCUCUUGGGCAGAGGUGGACACAGGGCCGCCACGCACGUCUGUGGGAGAUUUUAGAGAAACUCCUGAGGAGGGCUGUGGUCUGAGGGCGAGAGGCGCGGCGUCCUUGGGGGUUCAGCAAAGACUCUACAGUACGCUCAUUUCCUGGGCACCAGGUCCUCCUUCGAAGUUCUCUAUUGCAUACAACUGGUCUCUUGACAGCAUGGAUGGGGAGGAAGAUGGUUUGUCUCUGCUGACUGCACUGCUGGAGGAGAAUGAAUCAGCCUUGGAUUGUAAUUCGGAAGAGGCCAACUCCUUGGCCCAGCAAGAUGGCGAACCUGACCAAUUUGAUGAGCUCUUUGAUGCUGAUGGUGAUGGUGAAUCUUACUCAGAGGAGGCUGAUGAUGGAGAAGUGGGAAGGACUGAAGACCAGAAAGAAAAUCUAGCCACUCUCUUUGGAGAUAUGGAAGACUUAACAGAUGAAGAAGAAGUUCCUACUUUGCAGUCAGCUGAAAACAGGACACUCCCUGUGCCUGCCCCUGCUCAAGAGAAAACGAAUCAAGAAUUACAAGAUGAGUUAAGGAAGUUGCAAGAGCAAAUGAAGUCCUUACAAGAACAGCUAAAAGCAGCAACAAUUAAACAGCCUGCAAGUCCAGUCCUGCAUAAAUCCCCUGGUAAAUCUCCACGUCCCCCUCUUAAGGAGAAGAAAGUUCAAAGAAUACAGGAGUCGCCGUGCUUUUCUGCAGAGCUCGAUGUCCCUACUCUACCAAAAGCUAAGCGGGUGGCUCAGGCACCAAAGGUCUCGCCUGCAGGGCCCAAAAGCUCAACUUCAGGGAUGACAAGUGAACCCUCCCAACCACUCCGAGCUCUUCCUGGGAACAAACCUCAUGGGAUUCCUAGGGACCAGAUCGGAAGGGGCCCUGGGAGUUCUGGGGAACUGGCUCAGCCGGUCUCUGUGGAAGCCUUCUCUGGCCUGAGGCUCAGGCGGCCUCGAGUGUCCUCCACAGAAAUGAACAAGAAAAUGGUUGGCCGAAAACUGAUCAGACUGUCUCAGAUCAAGGAAAAGAUGGCAAGUGAGACACUGGAAGAAAUAGACUGGGUGACAUUUGGGGUUAUAGUGAAGAAAGUCACUCCACAGAGUUCUAACAAUGGGAAAACAUUUAGCAUCUGGCGACUGAAUGAUCUUCGUGACCUGACGCGGUAUGUGUCGUUGUUCUUGUUUAGAGAAGUUCACAAAGAACUAUGGAAGACAGAGCAAGGUACCGUCAUAGGAUUACUUAAUGCUAACCCCAUGAAACCCAAGGAUGGUUCAGAAGAGGUGUGCCUAUCUAUUGAUCAUCCUCAAAAAGUCUUGAUCAUGGGUGAAGCUCUUGACCUGGGAACCUGUAAAGCAAAGAAGAAGAAUGGGCAGCCAUGCACACAGAUGGUUAAUUUGAAUGACUGCGAGUACUGCCAGUAUCAUGUCCAGGCUCAGUACAGGAAGCUCAGUGCAAAACGAGCAGAUUUGCAGUCCACCUUCUCCGGAGGACGAAUUCCAAAGAAAUUUGCCCGCAAAGGCAUUAGCCUAAAGGAACGGCUGUGUCAAGAUGGUUUUUACUAUGGAGGAGUUUCUUCUGCGUCAUAUGCAGCCUCGGUUGCAGCAGCCGUUGCCCCUAAGAAGAGGAUUCAAACUACUCUGACUGAUAUGGUUGUUAAGGGCACAAACCUGAUUAUUCAGGAAACUCAACAAAAACUCGGAAUACCACAGAAGAGCUUGUCUUGUUCUGAGGAGUUCAGAGAAUUGAUGGACUUGCCAACCUUUGGAGCCAGAAACUUAAGACAACAUUUGGCCAAAGCCAAGACAUCAGGGAUCAUGGGGAGCCCUAAACCUGCUAUACAGUCUAUAUCAGCAUCAGCCCUCUUGAAGCAACAGAAGCAAUGUAUGUUGGAGAUGAGGAAAAAGAAAUCAGAGGAAAUACAGAAACGAUUUCUCCAAAGCUCAAGUAAAGGCGAGAGUCCAGUUCUUCCAUCCUCUUCUCAACAACCCCCUUCUCAGUCUCCACGAAUGGAAGCUGGGUUUCCCAGGCUGGAAGGAGCCCCAGCCCCACAGACGCCCAAGCUUGGGCGAGGCAUCUCCGAAGGAGAUGAUGUUCUCUUCUUUGAUGAGUCACCACCACCAAGACCUAAACUGAAUGCUUUAGCAGAAGCCAAAAAGUUAGCUGCAAUAAGCAAAUUAAGGGCAAAAGGCCAGAUUCUUACAAAAAUAGACCCUAACAGCAUUAAAAGGAAACACAUGGACCCAGAAGAUGUCCUGGAAGUGAAGGAACGUGUAGAAAAAAACAACACAUUUUCUCCUCAAGCUGAGGAUGAGUUGGAACCUGCUAGGAAAAAAUGGAGAGAGCAACUUGCCUACCUGGAUUCUGAAGAAUUUCAGAAAAUUCUAAAAGCAAAAUCUAAGCACACAGGGAUCCUCAAAGAGACUGAGGCGGAGCUGCAGGAACGCUAUUUUGAGCCACUGGUGAAAAAAGAACAAAUGGAAGAAAAGAUGCAAAACAUCAGAGAAGUGAAAUGUCGAGUAGUGACAUGCAAGACGUGUGCCUACACCCAUUUCAAGCCCUUGGAGACCUGCGUCAGUGAGCAACACGACUACCACUGGCAUGAUGGUGUGAAGAGAUUUUUCAGGUGUCCAUGUGGAAACAGAAGUAUCUCCCUCGACAGGCUCCCUAAAAAGCACUGCAGUAAUUGUGGCCUCUUCAAAUGGGAACGGGACGGAAUGCUAAAGGAAAAGAAAGGCCCAAAGAUAGGAGGAGAAACCCUGUUACCAAGAGGAGAAGAACAUGCCAAAUUUCUAAAUAGCCUUAAAUAACCGUAAACUUCAGUCAUUUUCCCACCUCUUGCCUUACGUCUGGUGGUUCCAGAAAAGCAAAAAGCAAGGUAUUGGCUCUGUGUUGCCCACGUACUCAUUGAUGCAUUCAAAACAAAUGCGUAUUAAGCCCAUAAACUUUGCCUGCUUACCGUCCUCCAUCGUGUUGGUUUGACAAUACCAAAUUUGACUUUGACAUUGGAAUAGCAAAUCAAGGUAUCGUUGUCUUUCCUGUUUCUCCCUGUUGAUGGCUACAUUACUGCACUCACACAAUGCCACACAACUGAAGGUAAAUCAAGAGCCAUAUUUCUGUAUCUCUGAAUUACAAAUUGUGCAGUAUGACUUCUUUAUCAGGAUAAGGUUCUAUGUGGACACCCAGAGGCAAAAAAAAAAAAAAAUUAAUAUAUCUUAACUCUCACCCCAGGCAAGUUGCCCAAGUUCUGAGCUUCUGUUUCCUUAUUUGUAAGUAAAGGAAGGUUGGACUAAGUCAUCUUGAAAUGGAUCUCUUAGAACUUAGAUUCUACAAAAAGUAACUUUUUUCACAUCUAGUUAAUUAUGGUCUUGAUGUACUGAUAUUAAAAGGCAGAUACCUUCUUUUGUUCUACUGUUAUAUCUGUUUUGUUCUUUGAAAUUGAUCAAGUCAUUGAACCCACUUUGCAUUUCAGUUAUUUUAUGUAUGUGUAUGUAUGGGCUCCCUGUGCCCUUAUAAUAUUAUGGAACUCUGUAAUCUAAUUUUAAAGUAUGGUUUUAUUUAAGUAUGGUUUAAAGAGACUUGGAAACCUCAAACCUAAAUGAAUGCAGAAUUUGAGAAACUGUGAAGCAUGACUGCAAAACAAACAUCCCAUAAGGACAGAAUCCCAUGGAGUUAGGAAUUUUUAGAUACCUUAUUGCACACAUCAAUAAUUAUAGGUCAAACAACAUGUAAAUUACUACCAAAAAAAAUCUUCUAAGGAGAUUCCCUUGCCUGGACAACUUGGUUUUCCAAAUGUCAUUUGACCUAAGUGAAUGCUAGCACCACCUAAAGAUUGGGUAAAUUGGUAGGAAUAUUGUAUUGAGAUUUGAAUUCUAGUUAGAUUAGGUUUUCCCCAAUAUGGCAUUACAUUAGGAACAAAGUAUGUAUAGGAGGUUUUAAAGAGUCAAAAAUAAAAUUCAUGUGUCUUAGAUUUCAUAAAACUCUGCCCAUACGGGUAGAAGGUGCUGUGCCUGACCCUUGUGUUUCCCCUAAGGUUAUACCAUAAUAACUAUACUUAAAGGAGUAAUUCACUUUUUUUUUUUUUUUUUUUUACUGACUAAGGUGUUUAAUUCUGAAUGAAAACCAUAAACCACUUGACUAUUUUUAAUGGUUCAUUUCGGGUAGAUGUAUUUGCCUGAAAUUUAAAACAGAGUUAUGUAUUUGAAGUAAGUCACAACCAAACUGGAACACCAGGAGGCCCUUUAAUUGAAUGAUCCCCUUCCUGUAUGAGAAAUAUGUUUUUAUCUGGGAAUUGUUAUCACUUGUAUAUUGUAUAUGAGAAGUGUAAUAUUCUUAUAAAAGUUGAUGGUGAGCUGAAUCCGGAUGCCUUCCUUUUUAAAAUCUAAUAUUUUUAAAUGAUUUAAAAAUGUGUUCAAGUUACUUCUCUGUUAUACCAGAUCCUAGGUUGCGGGGGUGGGGAGUGGUAUUUUAUUUGAAAUGCUUUCUGUAUGUACUUUCUUACACUAUGAGAUACUCAUUCAGGGAUAAAUCAGGGGGGCAGGGUAAGGGUAGUUGGGGGAGUCUUACUUGUUUGCAACGAAAAUAUGAUUCACCAGUGAGAUCAGUAUCUUAUUCCUAUCUCCUUUAUCAAGGUGUAUUAAUUGCUUUCACAUAAAUUCAAUAUCUGUGUUUACUUUUCCCAUAACCUGUCUUUGAUAACUGGAGUUUAUUGUAUAAUCACAGGCCUGAUGGCAAAUUUUUUUUAGCUUACUUGGAUCACUACGUGGAGAAAAGCCACACAACAGUAAUAAAGGGGGUAAAAGCUGGAAGCCAUUUCACCCAAGACAGGACGGAUAGAACUGGAAUUAUAUAUAGCCUUUGCCAUCAAAUCGAUUUUGACUCAUAGCAACCCUAUAGGACAGAAUAGACCUCCCUGUAGGGUUUCCAAGGCUGUAAUCUUUACUGAUGCUGACUACCACUGCCCCAUCUUGCUCCCGUGGAGUGGCUGAUGGGUUCAAACUGUUGACCUUUUGGUUAGCAGCCAAGCACUUAACCAUCAGGCUUCUUAAAAUAAUAUAUAAAAUGUACGUUGUAAUACAUAUAUAUAGUGUUUCCCAAGCCUGAGCAGGGUGCGUACAUAGUGAUCUAAGUAAGCUAACAAAAACUGGCUGUCACGGGAAAUCUGGUUGAUCUGAACGUUAUAAUACUUAUAAUGGAUUUUUUUUUUUUUGCAUGCUUUUUUCUGUUUAGAGAAAUAAAUGAUGUUUUAAAGAAAAUCAUCAUCUUUGCGUUUUUAAAAUAAAAUAGAUUUUCCUUAACAAACAAAAGGAAAGGAAAACUGAAGAAUUUUAGAUAAUAACGAUUCAGAAUAGCAAAUAAAGAACUUCUGAAUGACUGGCGUGUAAUCUUCCCCAAAGGAAACUUAAACCAUUAAAAGCUUCAGGUUGAGGCACAGCAGAGCUAAUGGGAAGAGACUGCAUGAAUUGGUUUUCUGUGUAGAAGCUGAUGAUAGAAGUAAAACUUGAAACAGUGACGAAUCUGUGAAACAUUUCAUAACAUGGAGGAACCUGGAAAGCAUUAUGCUGAGGG